AUAUAACUAACCUUUUGAACCCUACUGCCCUUUGACCUGCGAUAAUGACCUAUGAACUUUAAGCUUUACUAAGCUAACAAUAACAAGAUGGCCUCAAAAUGGUGUGGAUUUGGAGCCUUCAGAUGCUACCUGUUGCUAUUGAAUGCCUUCUACAUUGCAAUUUCAAUGUUCCUCAUAGGACUGGUUGUGGCGGCUCGGUCGUUUGCGUACCAGAUCUCCAGUGUAUUUGUGGUGAUUGGAGUGGCUGUUGUGGCAUCGAUACUGUUCAUUCUGGCCAUCAUUGGAAUUGUGGCAUCCAUCAAACAGCAUCAAAUCAUGCUCUUCUUUUAUAUGAUUCUGUUAGGCAUGUCGGGAGUGACUCUUUUUGCAGUGUCUGCUGGUACUCUUGCAUUUCACCAGGAUUUUCAAGAAUCUGCAUUUCGUAACUCAUGGGAGUCCCUCACUGUCAGAGAAAAGACUGACGUUCAAAAUUCUCUCAACUGUUGUGGGUUUGAUGAGCUUACCAAGAACCGUCUGUCCAAUGGAACAGAAGAGUGCAACGCUGGCCAUCCUUUCUGUAACACAACCACUCUGUUAGCAGUAAAUAAAUGUUGCCACACCUACAAUCCGUCUGCUGUGUACCCCCCCGCUGGCAAUGACACCUGUUACAUUGAUGAAACGUGUCCCGAUUGUCACCCUUGCUACGACUCUUGGAAGUCUACCGUCACAGCAGGGGUGAAAACAGCCGGUGCAUUUGGACUAGUUUUUAGUUUCACUCAGAUUUUGGGGAUUUUGAUUACUUUUCGUUACCGAAACUUGAAAGAUCCUUAUGCAAACCCCAGUGAAUACUUAUAAGAGACGAUUUUAUUAUACAAUUGGAGAAUCAUUAUUUUAUUAUCCACUGAUGUAUGGUAUUCAGAGAUUAUGUUUUUACAAUAUUAAUUUUAAUUACACUUCA